AUGGACAGAGCCUGCCUGCUGGAUGUCCUGUCCAGUGCAGGACGUCCUGCCCUGUCGGCCGUAAGGCAGGUAUAUGGAGGUCAAGGUCGCAGCGAGGGGAGGGGAAACGCGCUGAUCAGUUAAUGUAAUUCCACCAAGGCUCAGGUCCUAAGCACUGUGCAGCUCUGUCUCCAGGCAACGUGCUUGAGGGGGUGGAGCUUGGGGAUUAUUUUUACUGGUGCCCUCGUGCCAAUUACUAGACUAUACCUGCCUGUGUCAUCAUGAAAUGGGCCUGCCCAUACCUUCCUCAGAAUAUGCAGAAGUAUUUUUUUAUUUUAUUUCCUGUGGUCAUAAGAUUUACAGUACUGUAUGAUAGGAACCACUAUUGUAGUAAUAAAAAACUAUUUAAUUGAGGCGAUGGGUUUCUCCCAGCAACUGUAUAGGGUGAAAUUAGCAUCAGCAAUGCGUCCUGUCUUGACUAUCUCUUGUGUUUCUCCUUGUCUCUAGGUGGAGUCCUUCAUAUUAGACCAGGAAGACCUGGACAACCCCAUGCUAAAGACUGCGUCGGAGCUGCUCCUGUCCAGCGCUGCCGAAGGAGCUGACCUCAGAACAGUGGACCCAGAAACACAAGCCAGACUGGAGGCUCUGUUAGAAGCAGCCGGUAUGUAUAGUACAGGGUAAUUGAUGACUUUUGGCCCCCCAAAAAGAAAAGCCGAUUUUAAAUAAAACUGUUGCCGGCCAAAUUGACCGGGAGAAAAAAAAAUCCCUUUGCAAAAUAAUGCUUUUUAUUAAUUGAUGGAAAUAUCUGCCGAUGUAAAUACGUUUGACAGUCAUGCUUAUCGGUCUAUAGGUUCAUUUUCAAAAUGUAGUGGAAUUAAAUUGGGCCGUGUGGUUGGACGCCGUAAUGGGUUACACACCCAAUGCAUAUGGGUCCGGUACAUUUCUCAAAUGGCCAGCAAAUUAAAAUCCUUCCGAUCACGUUGUCCGGUGCCACAUUUUGUUAACGGAAACCCUUGUUUAGUAGCACCAUAAUCGGACCCCUUCACCUAGUUUUAUGAAUGCCCCUGUUUUCAGACCUGCCCAUAUUUGGCUUACUGCCAUGCCCACUAUGAAUUUGAAAUCAUGUUAAAUUACAACAAUGUUACAUGGUAAGGCUGCCCAGUCAUAUUCUCAUUAUUGAAUAGGACUGCUGGUCUUUUUUGAUUGUUUGAAUGCUGAAACCUGCUUGAACCUCUGCCCAAUAUAGUAUCAAUUUAAGCCUAAAAUGUUGCUGCAAUUUAGUUGGUACAUAAAAAUACUUUCUGAUGUUAGCAGGCCUGUGUCUGGUGUUCAUGUUUCUGUUCCUUCCACUGUGUUGGGACAUGACCCUGUAGGUGUGUAGAGUUGGCACACUGCCAGGGAGAAAUACCUACAUAACUAACGCUAGUGCUCAAAAUAGAUGCUCAAAUCUCUGCUACACUGCACCCCUGCGUUUUAUUUUUACUUCCGGUUGUUUUUUGGUUUCUGUAGUUCACCGUGUUGGACAGUCUAUGGGGGGGAAAAAACUCAAAAUGAUAUGAUCAAUUACAGUGAUCAGUAAAGUUGACUGCAGGGUGCUCACAGGCUAAGUAUCACAAGCGAAUAAUCCGACAGGCCACAACUCUCUCUCUGGCCUCAGUUGAGCUAAACUGAACCAGCCCAUCAAAGCACUUAACCUUGGGGACUGUCUGUAUAGAGCCACAGUCAUUGCUUUCUGAAACAAUUAAAGAAGGUAAUGGGUCUGAUUCGAUGUGCAUGAAGCGAUGGAUGGUGUGGUGUGCAGACAUGCCGGGCCCCAGCCAGCCAGCCAGCCAGCCAGCCAUCCAGCCAUCCAGUCAGUGCAUGGCGAGCUGGUACAGGCUUGCCCAGCCCAUGAGAUGAGAUGGGAGGUAGCUAGGCUCGCUGGGGCACCACGGGGGAGAUUAACAUGAACAAUGGAUUUCCAUACAGCAACAACAGCUCCCAUCAUGACUCAGCACUAGCCUUUAGCAGACUGUUGUUUCCGUACGUGUUUCAGCCUCCCGUCUAUCUUUUGUGUGUUUUGUGUGUGACUGUGUAUGUGUCUGAGUGAUUGUUUGUUCCUGUGUGUUUUGUCAGUUCCUCUCAAAUCAAAAUGAAAUAAUAAAAUACAAUUUUAUUUGUCACAUACACAUGUUUAGCAGAUGUUAUUGCGGGUGUGGUGAAUUGCUUGUGUUCCUAGCUCCAACAGUGCAGUAUAUCUAACAAUUCACAACAAUACACACAACCUAAAAGUAAAAUAAUGGAAUUAAGGAAUAUAUAAAUAUUAUAAAUGUUAGGAUGAGCAGUGUCGGAGUGGCAUAGACUAAAAUACAGUAGAAUAGAAUACAGUAUAUACAUAUUACAUUUAUGUACUGUGUGGUGUGCGUGUCUGAACUGCUGCACAUCUGUGUGACCAACCACGUGGCACGUGCAGUGGUUUUUGCAUACCAUAGGCAAUAUUGGGCUCAUUCUUCUGUUCUUAAGCCUCAACGUUGGCUGAUCACCAGGCUCUGUUCCAUUGAUUCAGUGUAUAUUAUGCACAUACUUAGUCAUGUGUUCAGAUUCCCCAAUUGAUAUUAUCAGAAAUGACUUCUCCAAUAGAAAUCCCAGAUCACACUUGUAGGCGAUGUCAUUACGAUGUUGGCGAGCUAAGCUCAUGCGCAGAAACACGUCAUUGGGUCUAACGGUCAUCUCACUCUGAACUGCAGAUAUGCAGGCCGUCAAAUCAAAGGCACACCUUCGAUAUAAAGUUGUUUUUGACGAGAAUGAAAAGGUCAGUUUGUCAUUUUCACAAGGUUGGAGUAAUAACAUGUUCAAAUACUUAAGACAUUGGCUUGAAUCUAGGUUGUGCCUUUAGAUUGAGAAAAUUAACAACUAAGGAAGAAUUCUUGACUUCUCUCAUUGACUUCUAUAACCCCAACCCCCGGCCUGAUCUGCUUUGUUUGUUUUCGCGAGCGUUCCCGCAAGUCUCCCGAUGUUGCGCCUCUAGGUUUAAAAACGGUGAUAUUAUGUUUCCUCAACACUGUUCAACACUUGAUAAUAUAGACAAAAUGUGUUCUCUUUGCACCGUCUCUUUGAACAUGUUGCGUGGUUGGAACAUGGGCUGAACUAUGUCUGUUUCUUGUGUGUUUUAUUUGGCCUGGCACUAACCGUGGAUGCGUUUUGUGGUCGCUGUGCUGUGAAUGCUGGUGACCCUCGAUGCACGGCCCUGUGCCUAUGAAGGCAUUGGUAAACUGUCUACUGCCGAUGGUAAAGCCUUCGCCGAUCCAGAGGUGCUACGCCGCUUGACGUCAUCCGUGAGCUGUGCGCUGGAUGAGGCUGCGGCCGCUCUCACACGCAUGAGGGCCGAAAACACACUCAACGCCAGCCAGGCAGACAAGUAUGUAUCUCUUCUGCUCUAGUAGUCUCAUACCCCACAGGUGCAGCACACCAUAUUCUCACACCAGUAGAACGAUGUUCUUGUCUAGGACGUUUCCUUUGUGCUUUGUUCAAGUUAGCCUGUCCCCUAUUCAUGAACAUCUGACAAUUCCUUCAAUGAUGAUAACAUAACUGUGCUCAUACUCUGAAUAGCUCACAUGAUUCAUAGAAGAUGCCUUGUUCUCACAAAUUCGAUCAAACUAAUACGGUUUUACUGAAACGAUUUAAGGCGCCAUAUUGGGCCAAAUGCAGUUCAUGAAAUGCAUGUACAGCUCUGCCCCGAGUGAGGCCUUUUUGUUUUAAACUUCAGUGAGUAUGAGAAGGUGUGAAUUGUGACAGCACUCUGUAACCUUAUUUUCGGACCUGGUGUUGAUUUGGCCUGUGCAGCCACAGUCCCAGUAAUUGUAGCAGUCUGGUUAUUUUCAGCCGUAGCUUGGCGGAGGCUUGCUCGGACGGGGAUGUCAAUGCCGUGAGGAAGCUUCUGGAUGAGGGGCGGAGCGUCAAUGAACACACAGAGGAGGGAGAGAGUCUGCUUUGCCUCGCCUGCUCCGCCGGAUACUAUGAACUCGCACAGGUAGAGUACCCACACACAUACUUUAUUGAAUCUACUAAUCACAUUACAUGACAAAGGACUCAACAAUUUCAAGGGAUGUCGACACAAGGAGACUCAUGGGAACAAAAAGCACCUUCUCCACCACACGGCUAGGCUGGCCGUAAUUGCCGAAACAGAGCAGUACCUAGCCCAGCUGCCUUGCUGUGGUCUUAGGCAGGCCUGCAAUCUGGAGACCAUGUACAGUAAGCCUAUGUACGUGGCUGAGACUGCCAAAUAUCAGUGCCACCAACCUGCAUCUGUAUCCCAGGUUGUGUAGGCAUGAUGUGAGAGGCUGGUAUUUGAGGAGCUUGUCUGCAAAAGCCUGCUCCGGUGUAACAGUCGAAUGAGCAGCCCACUUCCAGAAUCGGCACCUCCCUCUGGCCUCCCCCACAACAACAAUAUCUGGCUUAAUCAGCAUACAAGAAAAUACAUUAUCAUCAACAUCAAACCAGGCUCCUCUGACACACACUUUCUCAUCUUUGCAUUUUUAAUUACUCACAUUAUACUGCUAGCAUUGUCCUGCCUUGCUUUUAAUCCAUGGUUCCAUCUAGUUCUGUAAUCCAAUACAGUUGUAUUCAAAUUAGGGCUGACCCCAAUUAUUCGACUGUUCGAUUGUUUGGUCAUUAGGCUAUUGGCAGUUUUUGCUUUUCCUUCACUCUGCGGUCCAACUCAUCCCAAACCAUCUCAAUUGGGUUUGGGUCGGAGUGAUUGUGGAGGCCAGGUCAUCUGAUGCAGCACUCCAUCACUCUCCUUCUUGGUCAAAUAGCCCUUACACAGCCUGGAGGUGUGUUGGGUCAUUGUCCUGUUGAAAAACAAAUGAUUGUCCCACUAAGCGCAAACCAGAUGGGAUGGCGUAUCGCUGCAGAAUGCUGUGGUAGCCAUGCUGUGGUAGCCAUGCUGGUUAAGUGUGCCUUGAAUUCUAAGUAAAUCACCGACAGUGUCACCAGCAAAGCACCAUCACACCACCACCUCCAUGCUUCACGGUAGGAACCACACAUGCGGACAUCAUCCAUUCACCUACUCUGCGUCUCAUAAAGACACGGCGGUUGGAACCAAAAAUCUCAAAUUUGGACUCAUCAGACCAAAGGACAGAUUUCCACGGUCUAAUGUCCAUUGCUUGUGUUUCAAAGGCCCAAGCAAGUCUCUUCAUCUUAUUGGUGUCCUUUAGUAGUGGUUUCUUGGCAGCCAUUUGACCAUGAAGGCCAGAUUCAUACAGUGUCCUCUGAACAGUUGAUGUUGAGAUGUGUCUGUUACUUGAACUCUGUGAAGCAUUUAUUUAGGCUGCAAUCUGAGGUGCCGUUAACUCUAAUGAACUUAUCCUCUGCAGCAUAGUCUUCCAUUCCUGUGGCGGUCCUCAUGAGAGCCAGUUUCAUCAUAGCGCUUGAUGGUUUUUGCGACGGCACUUGAAGACAUUUUCAAAGUUCUUGAAAUGUUCCGUAUUGACUGACAUUCAUGUCUUAAAGUAAUGAUGGACUGUCUUUCUCUUUGCUUAUUUGUGCUGUUCUUGCCAUAAUAUGGACUUGGUCUUUUACCAAAAAGGGCUAUCUUCUGUAUACCCACCCCUACCUUGUCACAACACAACUGAUUGGCUCAAAUGCAUUAAGAAGGAAAUCAAUUCCACAAAUUAACUUUUAAAAUGGCACACCUGUUAAUUGAAAUGCAUUCCAGGUGACUACCUCAUGAAGCUGGUUGAGAGAAUGCCAAGAGUGUGCAAAGCUGUCAUCAUGGCAAAGGGUGGCUACUUUGAAGAAUCUCAAAUAUAAAAUAUAUUUUGAUUUGUUUAACACUUUCUUUGGUUACAACAUGAUUCCAUCUGUGUUAUUCAUAGUUUUGAUGUCUUCACUGUUAUUCUACAAUGUAGAAAAUAGUAAAAAUAAAGAAAAUCCCUGGAAUGAGUAGGUGUGUCCAAACUUUUGACUGGUACUGUAUAUGUAAAAUUACACGUUUUAAAAUGUCAACCAAUCGAUUGGUCGAAAGAACAGAUGAUAACAGAUAAAUCAAAUGGUCUACUGCCAACCUGGGGCUUUGUGGUUGUAUCUGUUGCAAGCACUGAUGUUGUCUGUCCUGCUGCAGGUCUUGCUGGCCAUGCACGCUAACGUUGAAGAUCGGGGCAUCAAGGGCGACAUCACGCCCCUCAUGGCAGCAGCCAGCGGAGGCUACGUAGACAUAGUCAAACUGCUCCUGGUACAUGGGGCUGACGUCAACGCACAGUCCUCCACAGGUAAACACACGUCACAUUCGCUCAAUCCAGACACAGUCUCAGACUUUCCCACCACAUGCAUUUAUAUAGAUCUGCUAUGAAUGUCCACAAACACUAACACUCUGUCCUUGUUCUUGUCAGGUAACACAGCGCUGACGUAUGCGUGUGCGGGCGGCUUCCUGGACGUGGUGAAGGUGCUGCUGAAGGAGGGCGCCAACAUCGAGGACCACAAUGAGAACGGACACACCCCUCUGAUGGAGGCGGCCAGCGCGGGACACGUGGAGGUGGCCCGGGUGCUCCUGGAGUACGGGGCUGGAAUCAACACGCACUCCAACGAGUUCAAGGAAAGUGCACUUACGCUGGCCUGCUAUAAAGGUACGUCCUGGACAAUGAACCCCUUGUCCAUGCAUCAGAGAGAUCGGGCGUCUUCAUCUAGAUAUCCGGGACUGAAGUUAAUAAUGAAUGUUAAGCAGUAAUUGUAAUUGUAGGGAAGAAGCACCCAGAGCUGUUCCUCUUGUCCCCACAGGGCACCUGGACAUGGUGCGCUUCUUGUUAGAGGCUGGGGCCGACCAAGAGCACAAGACAGAUGAGAUGCACACAGCGCUCAUGGAGGCUUGUAUGGUGAAUACACACAUACACAUGAACACAUUUUGGUUGUUCAGCACUAUUAAAUUGAACAAGGUGCGGUAUGCCUGUGCACGAUGGUGAACCCUGUUGUCUCUGCCCCUCUUCAGGACGGGCAUGUGGAGGUGGCGCGUCUGCUGUUGGACAGCGGGGCGCAGGUCAACAUGCCCGCUGACUCGUUUGAGUCUCCGCUGACGCUGGCGGCCUGUGGGGGACAUGUAGAGCUAGCUGCCCUGCUGAUCGAGAGGGGCGCCAACCUGGAGGAGGUUAACGAUGAGGGAUACACUCCACUCAUGGAGGCUGCACGAGAGGGCCACGAGGAGAUGGUAGCGCUGCUUUUGGCACAAGGUACGGACUUCUCUCUCUCUGUUUGAAUUAAACAGGCUUCUGUUUAGAGAUUUUCCCUACUACAGAUGUAGGAUCUUUAUUUGAUCACUUUUUGUUGCUGAUAAUUUUCCUGCACCGCAGGAAAUGCAGAUGAGCUUUGUGAUUUCCAUAAAUCCACUGAAAACCCACACUAACACAGUUAUAUUAACAGUAUUGCACUUUCAGGUAUCCUACUUUUGGCCAGCUAAUAGCCUAAACACAGAUCAAGCAACAUUAUGGACUAAACGUUUAAAUCCUGUUGCUGUAGUAUUAUUUUUUCCAUGAGACUGACCAGGUGAAUCCAGGUGAAAACUAUGGUCCCUUAUUGAUGUCACUUGUUAAAUCUAUUUCAAUCAGUGUAGAUGAAGUGGAAGAGACAGGUUAAAGAAUGAUUUUUAAGCAUUGAGACAUUUGCAACAUGGAUUGUGUAUGUGUGCCAUUCAGAGGGUGAAUGGGCAAGACAAGAUUUAAGUGCCUUUGAACAGGGUAUGGUAGUAGGUGCCAGGCGCACCGGUUUGAGUGUCAAGAACUGCGACGAUUUGUUCCCAGCCAAAUCAUCUGAUUGAUCCUCGUCCCUCUGUUGUCUAUAUUGUCUCUGGUGUCUGCAGGUGCCAACAUCAACGCUCAGACAGAGGAGACCCAGGAGACGGCCCUGACACUCGCCUGCUGUGGUGGCUUCCUGGAGGUGGCUGACUUCCUCAUCAAGGCCGGGGCCGACAUCGAGCUGGGCUGCUCCACGCCUCUCAUGGAGGCUGCACAGGAGGGACACCUGGAGCUGGUCAAAUACCUGCUGGCUGCAGGUGAGCAGAACCUCUCCUAUCAGGACUCUACCAACCUGAAUUCAUACAUUAUUGACUUGGCUAUCUCUAAAACAAAAAUGUCCUCAAAUGUGUCUUUGUUAUCCUGAUCUCACACACAACCCUCAGUGUGUAAUUUGACACCUGUGCUCUUGUCCUAAGGAGCAAAUGUCCACGCCACCACGGCGACGGGAGACACGGCGCUGACGUACGCCUGUGAGAACGGACACACAGACGUGGCUGACGUGCUGCUGCAGACGGGGGCUGACCUGGUGAGACCUCUCCCCGACCCUCUGGCCUGCCUUCAUCGAUGGGAGAAACAGUUCAUGUCAAUACAUAGCCUUUUUGCAUGAGUUGUUCACACGUUUACAUAAAUGGGGGAGUGCUUCCCGUUUGGCACCCCAAGAUAUUCCCUUUAUAGGGAAUCAGGUGCCAUUCGUGAUGUAGCCUGGGUGCUGUUUAAGUGCUGUAUACAUUGCCGCUUGAAUAGGCUCAUGUGUUUCUUUGUGCCCUCUUUACUCACUUCUGUCUUUCUGUUUGUCUUGCAGGAACAUGAAUCGGAGGGGGGCAGGACCCCUCUGAUGAAAGCAGCCAGAGCGGGACACCUGUGUACUGUACAGUUCCUAAUCAGCAAAGGUGUGCCUCUGCCUCCUCUCUGUAUAACACCACACACCAGACAUCUGACAUAGUUUUAACUUGAGCCACAGACACAUUGCUCAUCAGACAGACACAAUGAUACAUUCAUCUUAACACAUCAUGGCGUUGCUACUGUUUUCAAGUGGGCUCAGAUUGACCCUGUCCUUUGUCUCCCUCCCUCCACCAGGUGCUAAUGUUAACAGGGCGACGGCCAACAACGAUCACACAGUGGUGUCUCUGGCCUGCGCUGGGGGCCACUUGGCCGUGGUGGAGCUGCUGCUGGCCCACGGGGCCGACCCCACACACAGACUGAAGGUGAGUCACCUGUCCCAAUCUCCUGGGCAGAAAGGUCUCAGGAGAGAAAUCUGAUGUUAAGAGUGCCACACUGCAAGCAUUAUAAUGGACUCCUGUAAACACAAACCUUUCUGUAACGCCUAUGAACACAAUUGUUUCUUUGUCUUUUUCAAUUGUCUUGAGAUAAAUUGUAACUUCUCCCAAGUACCUGAGACUAAUGGUAACAUAUGUGUGUUUUGUACAUUUUUCACAUAGGAUGGCUCCACCAUGCUGAUCGAAGCUGCUAAGGGUGGUCACACCAUCGUGGUGUCCUACCUCCUCGACUACCCCAACAACAUCCUGUCGGUCCCCACGCCUGACCUGUCUCAGCUCACACCCACCUCCCAUGACACCGCUCAGGUAGACUGCUGACUUGCCUAUAGACAAACAUCUACUUCUACAAACAUGUUUGUUUAUUUGUCUGGAUGACGUUGUAUUGAUACCAUAUACACCUUUAUACGUUGAAACCAAAUUAUACUUUCAUAGUAUCUUACACCUUACCUUACCCAAACAGGCUCCACGAGUUCCAUUCCAAGCCCUGGCCAUGGUGGUGCCACCACAAGAACCAGACAGGGUCCCCUCCAACAUCACAACGCCUCCACCUCUCAUCACAAAAAGUUAGUUCAUACAACGUGUGUUAACAGUAUAUACAUGUCUAACUUUGUUAAUUCACUGGCCAAGAAGACCACUAGACACCAGUUGACUGCACAAGGCAUCAAAGCGUUACAGGUAAUGAUUACUGUAAUACUGUAUGGUACAACCUCGUAGCUAACUGGUUGUGUUGUCCUGUGUGGUUCUCAGGCAGCUCCAAGCAGAGGCUGAGCCCCCUACUGGGUAGCCCCGUCGCUGCAGGAAGUCCAGAUGCAGACCACCUGCCCCCCUUCCACCCGUACCAGCCCCUGGAAUGCAUUGUGGAGGAGACGGAGGGCAAGCUGAACGAGCUGGGCCAGAGGAUUUCCGCCAUAGAGAAGGCCCAGCUGCAGUCUCUAGAGCUGAUCCAGGGAGAGCCGCUCACCAAAGACAAGAUCGAGGAGCUGAAGAAAAGCCGCGAGGAGCAGGUACAGAAGAAGAAGAAGAUCCUCAAGGAGCUGCAGAAGGUGGAGCGCCAGCUGCAGUUCAAGACGCAGCAGCAGUUCACCAAAGAGUACCUGGAGGCCAAAGGCCUGAAGGACGACCCGGGGCAGCCGGUUCAGGCGGCAGGGGUGGAGAAGCUCGGCACCCCCCUGCCAAUGCAGGCUGCACAGCCGGGCUCCAACACCGAGGGGGACGGGGAGGGCAACCACCACCACGAUGGGCAGCCCCACCCAGCUACUGAGGAACAGGAGGAUGACUAUGAUGAAGAUGAUGAGGACGAGGAGGAUGAAGAGGUGGACUACGCCAAGCUGCCCCAGGUGGACACCAUCCUGUACAGAGAGGCCCAACAGCCCCCGCCACCCUCUCCUCCUCAUACCCAAGGCCUGCAGGCCAGCUUCGUACCCAUCCAGUCCCUGGCCACCCAGCAAUCCACAGACUUCAGCACGGCAGACUACCUCGACAGCCCUGACCUGCAGAGGGUGAUGGUGAGUCAGCAGCAGAUGCUGGGGCAGCAUUUGACAGGCCUGGGACCGGGCGUUCUCACCCAGGCCCCUGACGGACUCAUGGUGGCCACCCCCGCACAGACGCUCACUGACACGCUGGACGAUAUCAUGGCAGGUGUGUGAGCAGUUACUGUAGACACUGGUUCAUUUCUUUCCUUAGGCCUUCUAAUAACUAUAAAUAGUGACAGUGUUCCAUCCCCCAUCCGUUUCCUUAAUACUCAAGUUUCAGUUUCAGUACAUUUUCAACAGAAUUCACAAAUGGUUUUGAUCCUUCAAUUCUAAUGUAAUAUGAUUUGGUUAUAAUUUGUAAGUUGUCUUAUUAAAACCUCUUAAGACUACAGUGCUUGAAAUCAGGCACUUGAAUUACUGAUAUUAUGUUUAUAUUACUUAUUUUAUUCAUUUACCACUGUUUUAUAAGUCAGAAUACAAAAAAAACCCUAGAGCUUCUAAAUCACCUCUGUUGAAUAAACGUAGUUUUGGCUCCCUUCGGUGGUCAGCUGCAUCAUAACACCAUCUAAAGAGACUGCACCACCCAGCUUCCUCAAGUGGGUAGUGCUUACGCCUCGAUCACACCGAUAGUGUUAUUGCGUUUUGGUACACCAGAAGUACAUCCAUUUCCAAUGGAACGCUUUGCAGCGUUGCAGAGGCAGUUGCAGUGUAUUCUGGGGGGGAACACUACAACAUUAUUCAAAAUAUUGCCCUCUUGCUAGAGUGAUGCACACCGUAGCGAAACAGUGCGAAAGUGCUGUCAGCUCAAGAGGUUUUAACAACUCUCUCCCUCUCAGCAGCGGUGAGCAGCAGAGUGCCUGUGUUGAACACUACAACCUCGCCCACACCCACAGCACAGACGCCAAUCGACGCAUGGUCCCCACCGUCCAUGCUCCCCCUCUACCCCUCUGUGGACAUCGACGCACACGUACGUCACACCACUUAUCUAAUAAUGCACAAUGAUAAUACACACUGCUUAAGCUGGUAAUAGUAAUACGUCUUGUUUCUGAUCAGGAAAAUGACGCUGACUUUAUCUCUUCUCAGACGGAGAGCAAUCACGACACAGCUCUGACGCUGGCCUGUGCAGGUGGCCAUGAGGAGCUGGUGUCGGUGCUCAUCGCUCGCGGGGCUAACAUCGAGCACCGGGAUAAGAAGGGUACACGCUCCAUACUUUGUCUUUUAAAUGUUUGUUGUAGCUUUAUUUUUUAAAUGUGUAAAUUUUCAGAAAACUUGAUAAUUUGUGUGUAGAAAUGGGAGUCCAUAUCUGUGUAUGUUGAUGUUUGAGAGUAAUCUAAGUGUCUGUCUCUCUCUGUCCCCAGGUUUCACCCCUCUGAUCCUGUCUGCUACAGCGGGUCAUGUUGGUGUGGUGGAGAUCCUGCUGGAUAAAGGAGGGGACAUCGAAGCCCAGUCAGAGAGAACCAAAGACACACCUCUCUCCCUGGCCUGCUCUGGAGGAAGACAAGAGGUGCUGCUCUGCACUAAACACCACAUCAGUGACUUCUUAUAGGAUCACAAACAAACUCUUCUCCUAACACCACAUUAGUGACUUGUUAUAGGAUCAGAGACCAAGUAAAAUGGCUGAACUAUGGGCUCUUAACUGGCCCAAACUGCUGGUUGCUAAACUAAUACAAGGGAGCUGAUGGAUAGAUCAAGCUCAGAAGUGUUCAGUAGUGUGAUCAGAGCAGGCGUCUCUCAGACCAUAGACAGCCCGAUUGAUCCACCCCAUAGAGAAACAACAGUCUGGACAACCAGACAGACACCAACUCGCUGUCUGAACCAGUUUAACACUCCUUACGUUUAGAAAAACAAUAGAAGUGUUCUGUGGAUUGACUAACCUGUGGUCCAUUCCUUCCAGGUGGUAGAGCUAUUGCUGCUGCGCGGGGCCAACAAGGAGCACCGUAACGUUUCAGACUACACUCCUCUCAGCCUAGCCGCCUCAGGAGGCUACGUCAACAUCAUCAAGAUCCUCCUCAACGCUGGCGCUGAAAUCAACUCCAGGUAUCCACAUCCAGCCAUCCCCCACAGUUUGUUUCCAUGUGCAGGCUGCACCUCUGCCUUCAUCCCAAUCUUGAAAUGGAACGUACAGCAUUUUAGCAACAUGAAAUCGGAAGAUAUACACUCCCAGGAAGAAUGUGACACCUUUCUUUUACAUUUUCUGACAAGCGAGCACUUAGAUAUGGUCAUUUUCAUGAUUUUAUAAAUUCAUAGAAUGUUUGGGAAUGACGUAUAGUAAGGCAUUUGUAAGCGGCCGUGCGUUUGGACAAUUAAUAGACACAAUCUACUUAUGCCGGUGCACCAUAGCCAAUCAGAGCUACAGUAGGCCUAUAUGCAAAUAAGCCAUAUGCCCCACGGGCUGCCAUCAUUCACUUUGAACUGGACUGUGUGUUUACAGGCUGUAGCAAUAGCGCAACUUUAGAUCUUUAGAAUGCAUUCGCCAAAAGCCACAAAAUACACCUGAAUGGAUUUCUGCAAAUAUGUAAAUACCAUGAGUCUUAUAUUUUGGAACUUCACAAUCCUAUUUAUCAAACAACCAUGAAAAGGUAGGCUCUCUCCCCCUCAGUUGCCUAUGCACAUCAACAACAAGAUCAACAACUAAUGCUAGCCAGAGCAAAAUGAGCUCAAAUCUAACAAGGGAACAUUUGAUAAACCCUCUCAAACUUUUUCAGUUAGUUGUCUGUCAAAAUUGCACUCAUAAACAAUGGGGAAUAGUAGCCUGCUCGUCCUUCUGCAGCUUGCCUGCCAUUGCAUGCUUGUCCCAACCCAUGUUUUGACAACUGAAUGGGAACUUGCCUGCCCACAUCUUUGAUCAAUGCCAAAUACAUUUGAUUGACAACAAAGAGAUAUGCUAACUGUGGAUAAGUCGUUCAAGUUCAGUAUAGCUAGCUAGCUACCAAAGUGAUUCACAUUUCUUGCUAGCUAACCAAAUGACACCUGCAGCAUCUCUAGCUUGUAGCCAAAAAAAGCGAAAAUCUAUAUGCGGGGGAAAAGUCGGUCACUCACCCACUCCUCCAAUGACAUGACAUCCUCCUACCACCUAGCUAGCUAGCGUUAGGUGCCGUGUUUUUCACCCGCUAAAUAAAUAGCUACAUAAAUAGAUACGCUAGCCCAGGGGCGUCAAACUCAAUCAGCGCACUGACCAUAUAGAAAAAACACAACAAAUUUUGCGGGCCAGACAUAGCCUAUUUGUUUUUGUAAAAGAAACGUGGAACUGCGACCCAAACUAGCCAUUGUUUUAUUAGAAAAAAUAUGGCCCUUAUAUAAUGUCCACUUAUGUACAUAGGAUGCUGUAUAUACAGUGGGGAGAACAAGUAUUUGAUACACUGCCGAUUUUGCAGGUUUUCUUACUUACAAAGCAUGUAGAGGUCUGUAAUUUUUAUCAUAGGUACAUUUCAACUGUGAGAGACGGAAUCUAAAACAAAAAUCCAGAAAAUCACAUUGUAUGAUUUUUAAGUAAUUAAUUUGCAUUUUAUUGCAUGACAUAAGUAUUUGAUACAUCAGAAAAGCAGAACUUAAUAUUUGGUACAGAAACCUUUGUUUGCAAUUACAGAGAUCAUACGUUUCCUGUAGGUCUUGACCAGGUUUGCACACACUGCAGCAGGGACUUUGGCCCACUCCGCCAUACAGACCUUCUCCAGAUCCUUCAGGUUUCGGGGCUGUCGCUGGGCAAUACGGACUUUCAACUCCCUCCAAAGAUUUUCUAUUGGGUUCAGGUCUGGAGACUGGCUAGGCCACUCCAGGACCUUGAGAUGCUUCUUACAGAGCCACUCCUUAGUUGCCCUGGCUGUCUGUUUCGGGUCGUUGUCAUGCUGGAAGACCCAGCCACGACCCAUUUUCAAUGCUCUUACUGAGGGAAGGAGGUUGUUGGCCAAGAUCUCGCGAUACAUGGCCCCAUCCAUCCUCCCCUCAAUACGGUGCAGUCGUCCUGUCCCCUUUGCAGAAAAGCAUCCCCAAAGAAUGAUGUUUCCACCUCCAAGCUUCACGGUUGGGAUGGUGUUCUUGGGGUUGUACUCAUCCUUCUUCUUCCUCCAAACACGGCGAGUGGAGUUUAGACCAAAAAGCUCUAUUUUUGUCUCAUCAGACCACAUGACCUUCUCCCAUUCCUCCUCUGGAUCAUCCAGAUGGUCAUUGGCAAACUUCAGACGGGCCUGGACAUGCGCUGGCUUGAGCAGGGGGACCUUGCGUGCGCUGCAGGAUUUUAAUCCAUGACGGCAUAGUGUGUUACUAAUGGUUUUCUUUGAGACUGUGGUCCCAGCUCUCUUCAGGUCAUUGACCAGGUCCUGCCGUGUAGUUCUGGGCUGAUCCCUCACCUUCCUCAUGAUCAUUGAUGACCCAUGAGGUGAGAUCUUGCAUGGAGCCCCAGACCGAGGGCGAUUGACCGUCAUCUUGAACUUCUUCAAUUUUCUAAUAAUUGCGCCAACAGUUGUUGACUUCUCACCAAGCUGCUUGCCUAUUGUCCUGUAGCCCAUCCCAGCCUUGUGCAGGUCUACAAUUUUAUCCCUGAUGUCCUUACACAGCUCUCUGGUCUUGGCCAUUGUGGAGAGGUUGGAGUCUGUUUGAUUGAGUGUGUGUACAGGUGUCUUUUAUACAGGUAACGAGUUCAAACAGGUGCAGUUAAUACAGGUAAUGAGUGGAGAACAGGAGGGCUUCUUAAAGAAAAACUAACAGGUCUGUGAGAGCCGGAAUUCUUACUGGUUGGUAGGUGAUCAAAUACUUAUGUCAUGCAAAUUAAUUCCUUACAAAUCAUACAAUGUGAUUUUCUGGAUUUUUGUUUUAGAUUCCGUCUCUCACAGUUGAUGUGUACCUAUGAUAAAAAUUACAGACAUCUACAUGCUUUUUAAGUAGGAAAACCUGCAAAAUCGGCAGUGUAUCAAAUACUUGUUCUCCCCACUGUAGCAUUUUAACAUAUUAAAACAAAAUACACAACUAUUUGGCCAGCCUUUGCUGCUUGCAGAUGUGCAUAAUAUGUUGCAACCCUAAUCAAAACAUAUUUAAUAACUCCAAAUAACAAAAAUGUAGCUAUAGGUUUUUGCACUGCAUGAAUCACUGGUGUGGUUGAAUGCAGCAUUGCUGUAUGGUGCACUCAAACUAUAGCUUUUGUAGUUGAGUAGCCAGCCUAGGCUCCUGCUCAAAUGUUGCUGUAAUAGGCCUACAUGUUUUUCUCUUGCAUGGCAUUUUGUAGCAGAUUUAGUUUUUGGGUGUUAAUUGUCAAGUUUUAAAAACCGAAGCCAGACAGCAACAUUUUAGUAGCCUAGCUAGGACUGUGGCAUGUGUCUGUACACUGUCCCUGCUGCGCGCUGUAGACGGGACACACGAAAGCAGCGCAAUUGAAGUUUAAUUCUCUGAUGCGAGCGUAUCAGGCUGUAAUUUCAUAAAGUAGAUGACUCAUCUGUUGACUCGUUUAUACUUGCUUGUGUGUCCUAUUCGGCCUGCGGGCCUUGUGUUUGACACGUGCGCUAGCCUAUUAGCCACGUUAUGGCUGACUUGUGAUCAUGCCCAUGCUAGUUUGACUGUAUAGACAUUCCCAGCCUUAGUUACAGUCGUCUGUUUUUGUUCAAAAUAUUCAGUAAUUGAAACUGAAAUGGUGCAUCCUGAAUGGGUUGUGGCAGCAAACAAUGUACCAGGCCAGUUGUGAUUUAUAACCAGAUAGCGAUUUUUUUUGGGCUACCAAGAAAUGUAUUGGUGAAUUAUAUGAAUCAUGCAUUGAACUGCAUCCAUCUGUUCUGCCAACAAUGCCUUAAUGUACGUCAUGUAAUUUUUUGUCAAAUAGAACCUAUUUUUAAAACCUCUUAUGACGUUGGUUUUGAUGCAUAAACUGGGAAUUUUUAUAUUUUUGACUGAUAUUAUGAUUUUGUUUCAUAUCAGCAAAGUAGUUAAAACGCUGUCAGUUCCACUUGAACUGUUUGUGUAAUCAGCCCUUAUCCCUUGCUUUCCCCACUCCCUGUCUGUUCCUCUCUCAUUGUGUAUCUGUUUCCUUCAGGACUGGGAGCAAGCUGGGUAUCUCUCCUCUUAUGCUGGCGGCCAUGAACGGCCACGUCCCUGCGGUCAAGCUACUGCUGGACAUGGGCUCGGACAUCAAUGCUCAGAUCGAGACCAACCGCAACACGGCACUGACCCUGGCCUGCUUCCAGGGACGGGCGGAGGUGGUCAGUCUGCUGCUGGACCGCAAGGCCAACGUGGAGCACCGUGCCAAGGUGAGAGCAGCUGCCAUCGGCUGAACCUGACAUGUCGUCAUGUUACGUGAGCUAGAGUCAAAGACAUUAGGAAUGAGGUUUGGUGUUAGACAGUGUGGUGUCUGUUUAGUGGAGUAUGUCACUGACUUAUUACACAUUCUCUCUUAGACUGGUCUGACUCCCCUCAUGGAGGCUGCGUCGGGUGGCUAUGCUGAGGUGGGACGCGUGCUGCUGGACAAGAGUGCUGACGUCAACGCCCCACCUGUCCCCUCCUCCCGAGACACGGCGCUCACCAUUGCUGCAGACAAGGGCCACUACAAGUUCUGUGAGCUCCUCAUCAACAGGUAAUUACUGUUACAGUCCUCUGCCUACAAUAUGAGAUUGAGACAUUUUCAUUCUUCUAGUCUUUUUUUUCUUCUAACCACCCUGUCGUCUUCCUCCUCAGAGGUGCUCACAUCGACGUGCGUAAUAAGAAGGGGAACACGCCCCUGUGGCUGGCAGCCAACGGUGGGCAUUUUGACGUGGUGCAGCUGUUGGUGCAGGCCGGGGCCGAUGUCGAUGCAGCAGACAACCGCAAGAUCACACCGCUCAUGGCUGCCUUUCGCAAGGUACAACACCCGCCCCCACAACCACCACCACCACCACAACCACCACCACCACCACACAAAUGAAACUAUACUAUGAUAAACACUAGUGUGACAUGCUCCUUUAAGUAAAUUUGCUCUGAUAUUGACUCAUAGUUGAAUAUCUGAUAUCUGACCCUUUGGCACUCUAGGACAUGCUCCCCUUUCCUGCACUUAGCUAAUGACCCUGGUGGUGCGUUAAAGUGGAAGUGUGUGUAUAAGAAUCCCUGGAGGUUGACCUCUGACCUCUGUCUUAUAGGGCCAUGUGAAGGUGGUGCAGUACCUGGUGAAGGAGGUCAACCAGUUCCCUUCGGACAUCGAGUGCAUGAGAUACAUUGCCACCAUCGCAGACAAGGUAAGAUAAAACGGACAAGGCAACAAAUUAAUUGAAAAUGAGAAAAGGGAUAAACAUGGGUAAAACACUUUGGUGCUCUGAAAGUGUGGGCUAAGUCCAAUGGUAAAGCUUGUUUCGUACUCGUCCUAGGACUUGCUGAAGAAAUGUAAUCAGUGCAUGGAGACCAUUGUCAAAGCCAAAGAUCAGCAGGCAGCGGAGGCCAACAAGAACGCCAGCAUUCUGCUGAAGGAGCUGGACUUGGAGAAG